UACCCACCAGAGCCCGGAUGUGUGGACACACUUGUUGAAGUGGACUUUGUAGAAAAUGUAACCUCAGACUCAAGAAGCUAGCGUCGCGUGGCAACGGGAAGAAUACGAGACGGAACUCUGCCACACGGAGCGAGUCGCAGUUACUCUUCAUGGAGACUAAACGGUGUGUUUCAUAACCCACUAUGUCCACGUGACCCUGUGUUGUUCCGCUUCAUUGGAAACGUCCGCAUUGUCUCCUCGUGUCCUGCGGAGCUCAUGACGUCAGCGUGCCAGCAGGAGAUACACGGACCCGAGCGGAGCCGAGCGAGUUGUCUGGAGGAAACGUUUCUGUGAGCUCGUGAAAAUGUCUAAAGUCCAAAUGCUAAGACGUUUAGUCAACCAGCGACUAGCUGCGGCUGCUGAAGAGAUAUGUGGGCUGUUUGAAAGAACGAUAGCAGAGUACGAGGAGGAACUUUCUAGUUCAAAAGAGGAGAACGAGCGACACCCUAAACUAGAAGAGGCUGUGUUCAACCCGGAAGUCCGGUUACAACGAGCAGACGUGCAGCAGCAAUUGGUGGUUAAAGAAGAGGUUCUUUCUGAGCAGCAGGUCUGGAUCUCCAGUCUGGACCAGGUGCAUCCAGACCCCCCUCACGUUAAAGAGGAACAGGAGGACCAGGAGAACCCAGAGCCCCCCCACAUUAAAGAGGAACAUGAGGAACUCUGGACCACUCAGGAGGGAGAGCAGCUUCAAGGGCUGGAGGAGGCUGGUUUCAAGUUCUCAUUCACUCCUGUGAAGAGUGAAGCUGAAGCGGAAGCUCAGUCCUCUCAGGUUCAUCAAAGAGAAACUGAACAGAUGGAAACAGAAGCUGAUGAAGAUGAUUGUAGAGGACCAGAACCAGCCAGGAACCCAGAUCCAGAUAGACCUCCAGAUCCUGAUGAAAAGACUGGAGACUCUUCUGAACCAGAUCCUGUUAAGAAGACUGGAGACUCUUCAGAACCAGCUCUUGAUGAGGAAACUGGAGUCUCUUCAGAACCAGAUACGGAUGACUCUGUUUUUUGGAAGGAGACCAGAGAACCUCAAUCAGGUGUAAACUCUCUGAAUAAUUAUGUUGUUUCUGUCAGUGAUUCAAAAUUUAGUUCUAGUGCGAAACUAUUAACUUGCUCUAAAUGUGAGAAACCAUUAAGCUGCUCUAAAUGUGGGAACAUAUUUCACCUCAAAAGAGAUUUUAAGAAACGCAUGUUCACUCACACAGGAGAGAAACCUUUCAGCUGCUCAGUCUGUAAAAGAUAUUUUGCACAUCGGGGAACUUUGAAGAUUCACAUGUUCACUCACACAGGAGAGAAACCGUUCAGCUGCUCGGUCUGUAAAACACCUUUUACACAGAGGGGGACUUUAAAGAGACACAUGUUAACUCACACAGGAGAGAAACCUUUCAGCUGCUCAGUCUGUAAAACAUCUUUUGCACGGAGCAGUCAUUUAAAGAGACACAUGUUAACUCACACAGGAGAGAACUCAUUUUAGUUCUGGUUUUGGUAACGUUGACAUUUAUUCCACUCCUUUUGUCAACAAGAUCUUGAGAAACUGGACCUCCCUCGUUUGGGGCAGUGACUCACUUCCAACAUGUAGGACUCUAUCCACUGACGACUAUGAAGCCAUUUCCAGUGAUAGACUAUCAUCUGGGCAGAGAAGUCACCGUGUUUGUUUUGUUUAGGUGUACCUGCCCUGUUAAUUUGUCAUCAGAUAUUUUAGAGUUAGGAUUAGCUUGAAUGUCAGCUCGCUACAUCUACUGCAGUAAUGUUGCACAGUGUGUCCGUAUCCAGGGUUCGUACGGUCAUGGAAAACCUGGAAAAGUCAUGGAAUUUUAAAAUGGUAAUUUCCAUACCUGUAAAAGUCAUGGAAAAAACUUAAAUCACAAAAGUUUUGGAAAAGUCAUAGAAAUUUGUUAUAUUCACAUGUUCAUUUGCAUCGAGUUUCAAAUAAUUAAUAUGUUUUUGAAAGACAGACGCUCAAAAUAUAAGCCGGCAUACGCUCUCUUACUGGUGGCGCUUUCUUUUCUCGUUGCAAGUGAACACACCUUAACUAGAAAGUUCGCUGGCCAGAGCUCGGGAAGCGGUCUGGAUAUUCUACUAUGCCAGAGAAGUGUAGAUUUAUCCAUGUUGGCUACUCUGUGUGGUGGCAACACAUUAGACAUUUAAACAAGGGAGAGGCGACAUUAACGAGCCGUGCUAAAGGAAGCAGACGUCACAGCGCUGAGCUAGCGGAGCUACGGCUAGCGGAGCUACGGCUCCUCCAUCACCGGCUAGCGGAGCCACAGCCAGGGCAACUGCUACGCCGAGCAGCACUUCUCUCUUUUCCGUAACAAGCAGGCGCGGAUACCCGAUGCUGUAACAAAGUGACGCCUUAACUGUGGAGGUAAUGUGGCCACUGAAGGUUAACAAUUCACGUUGCUCUGUUAAAUCAUCCGAAGAUGCCAGCCUGAUAUUUGACGCUUGUGUUGAAAGCAAACGCUCAUAUCAGCUCAUUGUUGCUCCUUCACUUCAAGAGUCACGUGGUCAACAUGUCGAAGGACCGAUGUCUUUCUGUCUGACCAAAGCCUGAACCACUAUUUACAGUCCAACAGAUGUAUUUGCACAUAGAGGACAAUCGUUUGAUUAAAAGAAUAAACAUUGAUAUAAAUGUUUAUAAGAAUAAACUUGUAUAUGAAUGUUUAUUUUAAAUCAAACUAUUGUCUCAUUUAUUUGUUUCAUGUAAGGUAUACUGUAUGCUUUGGAAUUCUCAUUGUUUAAAUACUAAAUGUUCUCACUUUCAUGUAUACACCGAGAUUUCAGUUUGGUCAUGGACAUUUGGUUUAAAGCAGUGGCGUCCCUAGGCUAAAAAACCCGGGGCUAAAGCCCCGAAUGUUUUUUCAUUAGCCCCGAAUGUUUUCAACCCAAAAAAAAAAAAAGAUUUGGUACACAAGUGGUUAACACCUCCAGGUCGCACGUGACAUCAUUCACCCAAAACAGCGGAGUCAGACUGGCAGCAGGCGCACGUAACAGCAAGCUGCUGUCUGAGAGUGUUUCUAUGUCUACAAAUGUCGCUGCUUCACUCCUCUGGGCUAAGCCCAGCGCCGCCGCUCCCAUAACGCGCAUCGCUCUGCCGUGAUACGCGCCGACACAUCCGCGCACACAGGUGAGCACACUCACACUCUCACCCCCCCCCCCCCCCCAGUAGAAACAACGCGUUCUCCCGCGUGUCCUUCACGCGCUUCCGUCCAGCAGCAGCGAGCUGGAUGGAGAAGAAGCUUCACGAGGAGAAUACAUCUGAAACUC